AUGGAAACUAAUAAAACAGUUCUACCUUCCAAGUAUCGAGCUCAGCAACCUCAGAUUCCACCUCCUCAGGGCUAUGUAGUUCAACAGCAGCAGCCCUACUUCCCUCCGCCUAACACUCAAUAUCAAUAUGGUCAGCAACCAAUGUAUUCUCAACCGCAAAACCCACCGCCACCAGCAGGAUAUGGGGGAUAUGCUCCUCCAGCCAAUCCUCCUCCUCCUGUUGGAUAUGGAGGAUAUGCGGCUCCCUCUGUCCCUCCCACUCAAGCCCCAUAUCAACAACCUCAACAACCCCCUCAACAAUCCAUCUAUCCUGCCCCACCACCGCCAUAUAAUGCCGUGCCCCCACCAGCUGGGUACUAUCAACCAUCGACGCCGCAGCCACAAGGCCCGCCUCCUGGAUUCGUGGUUGAGCAAUAUGGACAGCCCAGUCCCCAGAAUCAAUAUCUCCCGCCUCCGGGACAAACCUCUGUGCAGCAAGGCUGGGCUGCGCCUGCUGGAGUUUUACAAUCUUAUCGAUUAUCCAAUCUUACUGGAAAGAAGAAGGCGCUUCUCGUAGGCUGUAAUUACUUUGGACAGCGUUCACAGCUCUCGGGCUGUAUAAACGAUGUUCGAAACAUGUCCAAAUUCAUCAUUAUGAAUUAUGGCUUCAAGAACGAACCGGGAAGUAUGCUCUUCCUUACCGAUGAUCAAGCGGAUCCAAACUAUAAACCAACGAGGGCAAAUAUAAUAAACGCUUGCAAAUGGCUCGUUGGAGGUGCAGCUCCUGGAGACUCGUUAUUCUUUCACUAUUCUGGUCAUGGGGGUACCGCUGUUGACCCCACCGGUGAUCAAGCAAGUGCUGAUACGAUCUUGCCUCUUGAUCAUGCUCAAGCUGGAGAGAUUUUAGAUAACGAUUUGCACGCUCUCAUGGUCAAACAUUUGCCUCCUGGUGUUCGAUUGACUGCAAUAUUCGACUCGUGUCAUAGUGGUACUGCUUUGAAUCUACCGUUUACGUAUCUCCCAGACGGUACUCUAAAGAAGCAUAAUCCUUUGAAUCAACUGGGCAAGGUUGGAGUACAAGCAGCUCAAGGCUUCCUUCUCGGUGAUAUUGGUAGCAUGAUCAAUGCCGUGAACGGCGUCAUGACUGCUGUCAACGGAUUGGGUACCAACUCUGAACAAAAGCUGGCACAACAGCAAGCUCUGAAUGGGUCCUAUGCGGAUGUGAUCAUGUUUGCAGGAUGCAAAGACUCGCAAACUUCGGCCGAUACUAGCGUUGCUGGAGUAGGGGCUACUGGUGCGAUGAGUUAUGCCUUCAUCGCGGCUCUCACACAGAACAGGAAUCAAUCGUUUGCUCAGCUGCUCGGUUCUGUGCGUGGCAUACUGGCGGCUAAGUAUAGCCAAACUCCUCAGCUCUCGAGUGGCCGUUAUAUUGAUAUGAAUCAAUUAUUCGCUUGCUAG